UAUGAAACUUCUUUGCCUUAAAAAAUCAUACAGGGUUGCUUUUGCGCGUUUUGUGUUAUUAUUGCAGUCCAGUCAAUUGCAUAACAGAAGGGGGCGACUUUUCACCGAGAGCGUUUAAACUGAGACAAUGCGUGUAAAACACAUUGGCAUGUUAAAUUUCCGCACAGAAAAACAGAAUGUGAACCUCUUCACGUCCAUGAGUACAUCAAAGCAGUCUUCUUCUUGACGCGAAAAAAAUCUACUUUUGAAAACAGCACUUAUGACAUCAUGAAUCUUUAAACAGCCAUAUACAGUAGCCCAAAGUGAAAUCUGAUGCAUGUAGCCUAUUAUAUUUAUUUUGAACAAUUUUCAUGGGCAUGCUAGUUGCUGGCAAAUUAUGCAUAUUUGAAGUCAAGUUCUUCAUGACUUUUCAUUCUUAGUGUCAGAGAAUGUUAAUUUAUAAAGAAGCAGGCAUCAGUGGGGCAUGGCUUCAGUGGUUCUUAUGCAUCAGUCUCUCACUUAUUCAUGGAGUCAUAUCUGAAACCAGUAGAGCCCUGGAUAUAAUGACAAAAUAUCCACUAAUUGAUGGACACAAUGACUGGGCACUACACUUGAGAAAACAUCAUGACAACAAACUGACAAAGGUCAAUCUCUACAAUUAUCCUCAGGGGGCUACAGAUAUCACUCGCCUCAUUGCUGGCCAUGUUGGAGGUCAGGUUUUUUCAGCAUACGUGUUGUGCACGGCUCAGGACAAAGAUGCUGUCAGACUGACCUUGGAACAGAUUGAUGUCAUUCGUCGUAUGUGUACUGAAAAAACAGAGAUGGAACUGGUCACCACAUCUGAAGGAAUGAAGAAGAGUACAAAAAUCGCAUGUCUGAUCAGUGUGGAAGGAGGCCACUCCAUCGACAGCAGUUUAGCAGCUCUACGCAUGUUUUACCAGCUCGGCGUGAGAUCCAUGAGUCUCACACACACCUGCAACACACCGUGGGCAAAGAGCUCAUCUAGUUAUUAUCAACAUUACCAGUGGGUGAACAACAGCCUGACUGAAUUUGGCAAGGAAGUGGUACAUGAGAUGAACCGAUUGGGAAUGCUGGUUGAUCUGUCUCAUAGUUCCUGGGAGACAGCCAGAGCAGUGCUGAAACAUACAGCCGCUCCAGUUAUUUUCAGCCACUCCUCGGCCUAUGCUGUCUGUAACAAUGUUCGCAACGUACCCGACGACCUGCUGCUGCUGCUGAAAAGAAAUGGAGGGCUUAUCAUGGUGAACUUAUACAACAGUUUCAUAGCAUGUUCAAGUAACAUAGCAAACGUGUCUAUUGUAGCUGAUCACUUUGAUCAUAUAAAGCGAGUAAUCGGAGCUGAAAGCAUUGGAAUCGGAGCAGACUAUGAUGGAGCUCAAGGAUUCCCUGAAGGCCUGGAGGAUGUCUCUAAAUACCCUACACUAAUUGAGGAGCUGAUAGCAAGGAACUGGACUGAGCAAGAGUUGGCUGGAGUGCUGAGACUCAACUUCCUCAGAGUAUUUGAGAUGGUUGAAAAGAUACGUGAUGAUAUGUUGGACAUUUCUCCCAGUGAAGUUGAAAUCCCGUUUCUGGAAGCAAACAACAGCUGUCGUGCGAUGCUCAUCCAUCCAAGCAAACUCGGCAAAAGCGUUCAAAAUGGAAAUGCUCCACUGAUGCCUGCAGGAGCUUUUGCCUGGUUCAUCUUAUUUUUGAUCCAUUCAAUAUAAUAUUACAAGAACAAAUCAGAGGUAGACUGUAUACAACUGGUGUUUUACUACAGACUACUUUGCUAAUGCACUUGAAGUAAAAUGCACUUGAAGUAAAAUUGCUGACUGAAGCCUAAACAAUUACAUUUAAGACAUUUUCUGAAAUUCAUACAUAUAUUGGUGUCUUAAAACGUAUUGCGAAUGUGUAGAUCACUUUAUGUAAAGGAUUAAAAACAGGAGCACUAGAGCGACAGUAUAUCUUUAGAUGAUAUAUUUGUUUCAAUUAUGCUUUAUUCAUUUAUUAUUGAAGAAAAAAAAUACUUUUAUAAUUGCUAGCUUUUUUGUCAAAAUAAGAUCAUAUAAAACAUUUAGCAAUUUGUAGUACACUUUACUGAAACAAUUUAUU